GAGGGGUGAUAGGAAGUCGUUGUGCUGGAGCAGAGCAGGAAAAAGAGAGAGAGAGGAGACUUCUUCCUCCCUUUCAAACACAAACUCACUGUUUUCCUCUCCACACGCAGGAGGACGUGUCGGCCUCAGCACAAGUUUGGUGGAUUUGCUUAAAGAGAAGAGAGCAACAGUUUGCUAAGAGAUGAGUGUGUGAGCUGAGCCUUCAUCCUCCUCCUCCUCCUCCUCCUGCUCCUGCCCCGGGUCAGAGAGGAGAACACCUGCUGACAGUGAGGAGGUCCUGACAGAGGAGACGCAGCAGCAGGACUGAGCGGUGCAGAAGACGAGGACACACCAACCAGGUCCCUGCUGAGCUGAACACUGUUGUUAUACUCCCGAGCAUCUGUACAAGAAUCUGAGGAUCCCGGAGGAAGCAGUUGAUUGGUUGAUCUUUUAAGGAGGCUGGGAGGGGUUAAAGGCCAUGGCAGGCCGACUCCUCCUCUUCCUGUUUGUCAUGGCGACAUUCGGCCACGCUCACUUCCAGUCCAACCAGCGUCUUAAGCCCCGCCUCCAGAGAGACCGACGCAACAUCCGACCGAACAUCAUCCUGAUCCUGACGGACGACCAGGACCUGGAGCUCGGUUCGAUGCAGGCCAUGAAUAAGACUCGCCGCAUCAUGGAGGAGGGCGGGACUUCUUUCUCCAACGCUUUUGUGACCACGCCCAUGUGCUGUCCGUCACGUUCGAGCAUGCUCACAGGGAAGUACGUCCACAAUCACAACACCUACACCAACAACGAGAACUGCUCCUCCAUGUCCUGGCAGCGGCAGCACGAGCCGCGGAGCUUCGGGGUCUAUCUCAACAACACUGGAUACAGGACAGCGUUCUUUGGGAAGUACCUGAAUGAGUAUAACGGCACGUACGUCCCCCCCGGCUGGAGGGAGUGGCUCGGUUUGGUGAAGAACAGUCGCUUCUACAACUACACACUGAGUCGCAACGGAGUCCGAGAGAAACACGGAGCGCAGUACCCACAGGACUACCUGACCGACCUCAUCACAGCCGAGUCGAUCCGAUACUUCCGCUUCUCGAAGCGCGUCUAUCCUCACCGGCCGGUUCUGAUGGUUCUGAGCCACGCAGCGCCGCACGGCCCCGAGGACUCAGCGCCUCAGUACAGCACGGCCUUCCCCAACGCUUCACAGCACAUAACUCCCAGUUAUAACUACGCUCCGAACCAGGACAAGCACUGGAUCAUGCGUUACACUGGGGCCAUGAAGCCGAUCCACAUGGAGUUCACCAACAUGCUGCAGAGGAAACGACUGCAGACGCUUCUGUCUGUGGACGACAGCAUGGAGAAGCUGUACAACAUGCUGGUGGAGACGGGGGAGCUGGAGAACACGUACAUCAUCUACACGUCGGAUCACGGCUACCACAUCGGACAGUUCGGCCUCGUCAAAGGUAAAUCCAUGCCGUACGAGUUUGACAUCAGAGUCCCGUUCUUCAUCAGAGGACCGAACGUGGAGCAAGGCAGCAUUAACCCUCACAUGGUGCUGAACAUUGAUCUCGCUCCGACCAUCCUGGACAUCGCCGGCCUCGACACUCCUCCGGACAUGGACGGGAAGUCGAUACUGUCUCUACUGGACACUGACAAACCUGCCAACAGGUUUCAAUUGAACAAAAAGACGAAGGUGUGGAGAGAUUCAUUCCUGGUGGAGAGAGGGAAGCUGCUCCACCAGCGAGUGGAGGGAAAGGAAGUGACCCAGGAGGAGAACUUCCUGCCCAAACACCAGCGAGUCAAAGAUCUGUGUCAGAGAGCCGAGUACCAGACGCCCUGUCAGCAGAGUGGACAGAAGUGGCAGUGUGUGGAGGACGCUACGGGUAAACUACGACUCUUCAAGUGUAAGAGCGAAGGGGGAGGAGCAAAGAGCUUCCAGAGGGGUGUGACUGAUCAUCAGCGGCCAAUCAGCAUCAAGUCUCAGCUCUACCAUCGCAACUCAGAAGCUUGUGACUGUGACUUCAGUGACCUUCGACCUCUGAACCAGCGACCCCUGAACCCACGACCCUCCAUCAUGAGGCCGUUCAACAACAAACCAUUCUUCUCCAAGAAAAAGUUCAAAGCCCUGAAGAGUUACUCCAGGAACCGUUACACUCGAUCCAUUUCCAUGAUGAACAAUUACCCUGUGAACCAGAGUCUGGUGGGCGGGGCCGACGAGGACGAGUCCAGCGGAAUGGGAGGAGCCCCCGAUGCUUUGGUCCCGCCCAACUCCAUCAAAGUCACGCAAAGAUGUUUGAUUCUGUCCAACGCCUCAGUGAAGUGUGACACCGGAGUCUAUCAGUCGCUUCAGGCCUGGAAGGAUCACAAGCUGCACAUCGACCACGAGAUUGAGACCCUGCAGACGAAGAUAAAGAACCUCAGAGAGGUCAGAGGUCACUUGAAGAAGGCCCGCCCCCUGGAGUGUGACUGUAAUAAAUACUUGUUUAAAUCCAAACUGAAGAACAAGCUGAGGUUCCGGGGCGGCGGCGUUCACCCGUUCAGGAAGGGCGGGGGUCGGGACAAGAAGGCGUGGCUUCUGAAGGAGCAGAAGAGGAGGAAGAAGAUGAGGAAAAUUAUCAAGAGGAUCAAGAACAACGACACGUGUUCGAUGCCCGGACUCACGUGCUUCACACAUGACGACCAGCACUGGCACACUGCCCCCUACUGGACACUGGGUUCUUUCUGUGCAUGCACCAGCGCCAACAACAACACUUACUGGUGUCUGAGGACCAUCAACGAGACGCACAACUUCCUGUUCUGUGAGUUUGCCACCGGCUUCCUGGAGUAUUUCGACCUCAACAUAGACCCAUACCAGCUGAUCAACGCCGUCAGCUCUUUAGAUCGGACGGUUCUCAACCGGCUCCACGUUCAGCUGAUGGAACUCAGAGGCUGCAAGGGACACAAGCAGUGUAAUCCACGCACACGCUCAGUGGAGCUGGCAGAAGGACGGGAACAUGGCAGCUUCGAUGACUACAGGGUGUUUGAGAGAAGGAAGUGGCCGAGAGUCAAGAAGCCUUCAUCAUCUCGAACCCUUGGUCCGAUCUGGGACGGAUGGAAGGGUUAAGAGCCUCCUGAUUGGUUGGAGCAGGCUCCCUGGCCCCGCCUGCAGCAACCUGAGGGACCUCAACCAAUCAGCUUCUGCCAUUUCUGUGACAUCGCUAGGCCCUCCCACCCUGAUGCUCAGGGAGACGCGACAACGCACCUCUUCAUCAGCUGCUGCUCCUCAUCCUGCUCAGCCCCCCCCCCCCCACCCCUAUGCCCCACCCCAACCCCCAAUCCCCCACCUCUGCUCUGAGGAGGAUGAUGAGGAGGAUGAGAAGCAGAGGCCAAUAAAGUUGUAACAAAUAGAAACAGAACAAACACUCCUCCUCCUCCUCCUCCUCCUCCUCCUCCUCCUCCUCCUCCUCCUCCUCCUCCUCC